UCUGGAUUUGCACACUGCCCAACCUUUCAUCCCUCUCCCUUGAUUGCAUCUCUCUCCUGCCGUUGCUUUGGCCGGUUCCUGCCACUCAGAGGUGGCUGUACAUGGGUGGCUCUCCAGGAGCUGUGAAGACGAGGUGGGAGACAACCUGUAGGUGAGGUGCUCUGUAGCUGGCUGGCUGAAUGGAAGCCACUGCAGGAGUGGAGCGAAGAGAAUGUGGCUGGUGGCUCAAAAGGACUUUGUCUGUUUCCUGCUCCCCAAUGUCAUCCCCAGCCAGUAGAGCAUGGCAGCUGUCUCCUCCCGUUUUGAUGCUACACCCCUUCCUUCCAUUGAGACCUCUAGACCAGUCAGCAAUGUAUCCAGGACAACAGCACUGGGCAGCUGCUGAAGUAAUUUAUGCUGCAGGCCCCGUGGCCCCAAUCCCCGCUAAAACGAUGAUCAGGCUGACCAAUUUUAGCAUUGACGCCCCACGCUGGGACCAGAACACUUUUGUGGGGCGCCUAAAGCAUUUCUUCAACAUCACAGACCCGCGGACGGUGCUGGUGUCGGAACAUGAGCUGGACAGGGCUAAGGCGCUGGUGGAAAGCUGCAGGGCUGGGCUGGUACCCCCGGGAACCAGCCAGGAACAGCUGUUCUACGCCAAGAAGCUCUACGACUCUGCGUUCCACCCAGACUCUGGCGAGAAGAUGAACCUGAUUGGGAGGAUGUCAUUUCAGGUGCCCGGGGGAAUGGCCAUCACUGGCUUCAUGCUGCAGUUUUACAGGUCGGUCCCGGCGGUGGUUUUCUGGCAGUGGGUGAACCAGUCGUUCAACGCCUUGGUGAACUACACCAACAGGAACGCGGCCUGCCCCAUCUCGCUCACGCAAAUCGGAGUGGCUUACGUGUCUGCCACCAGCACAGCCCUGGUGACUGCAGUGGGACUCAACCUGUACACCAAGAGAGCUCCGCCCCUCAUGGCACGCUGGGUCCCAUUCGCAGCCGUAGCUGCCGCCAACUGCGUGAACAUCCCCAUGAUGAGGCAACAGGAGCUCAUUAAUGGGAUCAUGGUGACGGACGAGAAGGACCGUGAGCUGGGCCAUUCCAGGGUCGCGGCGGCCAAGGGGAUUACCCAGGUGGUGGUCUCCAGGAUCGUCAUGGCAGCGCCUGGCAUGGUUCUUUUGCCGAUUCUCAUGGAGCGGCUGGAGAAGCUCUCCUUCAUGAAGAGAAUUCAGGUCCUCCACGCACCUUUACAAGUGAUGCUGGCCGGGGGCUUGUAAGUAUCUUCCUUCCCGAAUCACCACCUUUCCUCAGCUCCAGCCUUGCAGCUUUGGGUUCAGAAAAGAGCCGUCUAAAGAACCCAGUCAGCGUGCGGCCUUAACAGGAGCAGACAGCUGGCUCUUUCCAGGCAGGGACUCUGAAAAUCUCUUUCUUUUCCCACCUUCUGUCAAGCUCAGAGUCCAGGGCUUCCCUGCCACAGAUAAGAACCUCAGUAAUAAUAAUAAAUCAUUCAUGGAUUCUCCCAGUGCUCCUUUGAGGCAGGUAAUAAUUAUUACAUCCCCAUUUCAGAGCUGGCGAAACAGAGACACAAAUGUGGGGGGCGGGGGGAGGCAGGGUUUGCGAUUUGCCUAGCGCCACAAAGUGAGGCAGAACUAGACAAUGGAACCCAGGCAUCCUGACGCCAUUCCCUGCUCUAACCACUUCCCUCUGUAUCACAAGCCCCAACAGCUGGGGAGGAGAAGCUGCUCGCUCCUCUGGUGUAGGGUGCUUGUCACAUCCUUAAUGGCAGCAGUGAAACUCGGCUGAGUCAUAUAGGGGGCCGCGCCCCACUUCACUCCAGCACAGCACAUGAUGAUCUCUAAUGUAGACAGGCCCCUGCUGAAUCCUUGGGUGACUGAUCUCCAGAAGUGGAGGAGAAAGAAGCAUCAGGAGCAGACCAAGGAUCUGCAAUGCACUGGGCCCUACUGCCGUGCUGUGGAUCAGAGGAAGGGGGAAGGACCCAAGGAGAAGGUGCCCCUUGGUAAAGGUUGAACCCAGGGUCCCUGCUACACUGCAAAGGACUGUCCCUUCCCCAAUGGUAUUCCCUCUCUUCUGUGUCUAAAUCCCCUGGAUCCAAGCAAUGCUAACUGCUGUGGGCUCUCCUGAGCCCUGUCAGGGACCAUCCCCCAGAUUCCCGUAGGCCCUUGCUCUCAGAGCCUCCGAGCUUCCCCAGCUUCAGGGGAAUCCAGGGGUUGCCAGCACUCUGAAGAAUCAGACCUGGAGCAGUUGUGACAGUCAGAAGCGGGAGCAGUCUGGUAUUGGGGCCCAACAAGGGGGGUCCUGCCAUGCACCAGGGGCUGGGGGCCCAGGCUUCAUCCUACUGGGCAUGUCCAUCCCUCGGCUUCUCCAACCCCCACCGCUGUAGCAUGGGAGUGUCUUGUGAAAUCAGCCCUGGGUCUCCUGGAGGAAGAGAAGCAUUAUCCCCAUUUUACAGCUGCAGGAGACUGAGGCAUGAGACAGAUUUGCCCAAGGUCACCUACGCUGGGAGUCUGGGUGUGAGCUGGGAAUUUAACCCUGAUCUCCGGACUCACCGUUCGGCCACCUUGCUGGAGAGAGCUGCACGGAAGGAAGCUCCAGAGCGAGAAGCUGCUCUGCUGGGCCGAGUGUGGGUGGCCAGUUUGCUGGUGUUUGUAUGAGAGUCCACGGCAAUGUGCUCACCUACACCUUGGUGUUAAUCAGCCGCCGUGGACUUCAUCAGCCUGGCUGGGAACUGAACCUUGGCCCCGGCACCAAAGUGACAUUCACCAGAGCAAUGCUCAGGGUGCUCUAUGAGGGUGCGUAGCUAGAUCGCUCCACCCAGCACCGAAAUUAGCCAGCCACUGUGACCUGGCCACUUAGCUGGUGUGCCACAAGCCACGCUGGGGCCUUUGAGGAGAGGAGGUCGGGAGCGGAACAAGGAUUCCCCAGGGCUAGUGCCCCACCUCGUGGGAGCUCGAAUGACCGCGAGUGGUCCAGCUCUCAGCUUUGCACCCUCCAGGAGAGGUGACUCUUGCGGGGGCUGUCGGUGUCGCUGAGCGUUGGCUCUUGCUCCGAGAGUGGAUGUUUGAGUUUUCACUGGUAACGCUUGGUUUUCUCUGUCCUGCAGCCUCCUAUUCAUGGUGCCGGUUGCCUGCUCGCUGUUCCCACAGAGAU